AUGGCCGAAUCGAAGGAGGGUCAGGAGGAUUCCCCUCCACAAUCAAGGGAGGGCUACAGCGCAUCUGAGAUCGAAAGACUGGGACGAGAGCGCCCUGCAGUUUUCAGUUCGAUAUGGGUUGAGCUGGGCUUCUGUGUUGCUCUCCUCGGAUCGAUGUUCGUUGCCGAGUACCUUAUCUCUGGCUUCAACAUCCUGCUGCCAUCGUUGAUUCCAGCUCUCAACAUUCCAAAGCAAGCAGAGACAUGGCCCGCCAGUGUCUUCUCCCUCGUCACUGGUGCUUUCCUGCUACCAGCCGGGCGACUAGCUGACAUGUAUGGAGGAUACAUCGUCUUCGUCAGUGGAUUCGUCUGGCUCCUGGUCUGGACCAUCAUCGCAGGGUUCAGCCAGAAUUACAUUAUGCUCAUCUUCUGUCGAGCACUGCAAGGCUUCGGUCCUGCAGCAUUUCUGCCAUCUGGGAUCAUGCUUCUGGGGAGCAUUUACCGUCCGGGACCGAGAAAGAACCUCGUCUUCAGUCUGUACGGCGCCUUUGCCCCUGUUGGCUUCUUCACCGGUAUUUUCUUUGCUGGCGUUUCAGCCCAGUUCACAACAUGGCGAUGGUUUUUCUGGAUCGGAGCUAUCAUCCUCGCCAUCAUCGGUGUAGUGGCAUACUUCUGCGUACCGAACAGGCCCGAAGACAAGCAUGGCAAGGGCGUCAAGAUGGACUGGUGGGGCUUGGUGACGGUUGCGCCAGGUCUUGUCCUUGUCAUCUUUGCCCUCACAGACGGUAGUCAUGCACCGCAGGGGUGGGCAACACCCUACAUCCCUGCUACCUUCAUCGUCGGCUGGCUCUUCUUGGGGGCCUUCAUCUACAUCGAGGGCUGGGUCGCUGAGCAACCAUUGCUCCCGGGCGACAUGUUCCAGGUCAAGGGCAUGAAGUGGCUUGCAACAGCUCUCUUCUUCCAGUACGGCACGUUCGGCAUUUUCCUCUUCUAUGCCUCUUUCUACAUUGAGGAAGUCGUGGGCGCCAGUCCGCUUCUCACUGCUGCCUGGUUCGCACCCAUGUGUGUCGGUGGCCUCGUCCUCGUCACCGUCGGUGGCCUUGUUCUUCACCUCCUUCCUGGACGCAUUCUCCUUCUCAUCAGCGGUACCGCAUACAUCCUCUGCACCCUCUUGUUCGCCAUUCUCCCCGUCCACUUCAGCUACUGGGCCUACAUCUUCCCGGCCAUGCUCUGCGCCACGCUCGGAAUUGACAUCACAUACAACGUCAGCAACAUCUUUCUCACAACCUCGAUGCCCAAAAACCGUCAGGGCCUUGCAGGGGCCUUCAUGAACAGUCUGCUGUUCCUCGGCAUCGCCGUCUUCCUGAGUUUUGCAGACUUGGCCGUGAGCGAAACGGAAGAAAGGGGUCCGCGAGAGAGCUACAAGAUUGCGUUCUGGUUGGCGACCGCGCUUUCGAGCGCUGGUCUCAUUCUCAUGUUCUUGGGUGUCAGAAUUGGCAAGGCCUCGAGCGACUUGACUGUCGAAGAGAGGCUGGAAUUGGAGAACGAGCUGGUGAGGAGGAACACGAACGCGAGCGCGCAGUAG